UAAAGUAAUAAAAAAGUGAAAUGAGUUAUUUAUUAAAUUUAAUAGUAAAAACAGCAGAGAUUCGUUUUAUUCCACUACCUAAAAUAAGAGGACUCUCAAUUAUACCCGCGUUACGACAGUUCAAUGUAGUUGGAAGAAGUGCAACUCGUUUAUCAAAACCGACAAUACCUACUAUUCUCAAAAACAAUCAAAAUUUUUGCACCAGAGUCUAUGAUGUAAACACCAAUGUUUCCAAAGACGUCGUACUGUAUAAAUACGAGAAUCCGCGAUUCUAUAAAAUCCUUAAUCUCUUCGGAAUAAGUCAGUUCAUAUUUUGGACUUAUUUGUCACAUUUUGCUUUUACUUCUUUGAAAGAUGCACCGGUAGAACAAAAGGGCUAUGUAGACUUGGCUUGGUAUGAACGCAUUAAUUUAGGAGAAAAUAAAUAUCGCAACGGCAUAAGUAUUAUGUGCUUUGUAAUAGGCUAUGGUUUGUUAUUCACUGUUUGGAUGUUUACUUUACGUUCGGUACGCUUCUUGAUUUUACGUAAAGGCGGUAAAGAUGUCGCUCUUGUAACGUACGGACCUUUUGGUCAUAAUCGCAUCAUGGACGUCCCACUGAAAAAUAUCUCAGCACAACAGUCAAGAGAGACUGCCGCAGUUCACCUUCCUCUUAAAGUUCGUAAUCGUUCCUUAUUUUAUGUUUUAGAUAUGAGGGGAGAGUUUAAAAAUCCGAAACUUUAUGAUUAUACAGCAGGUUUGAACAGGCGUUUUUGAAAGAAUUAAAUAAAGAAAAUACAGUU